UGCAUGAUAUGUUUCCUUAUGAUAUUGAUAGUUACCAGCCGACUCCUUUCAUUCAACAUGAAGUUAUGGCAGAAGAAGAACAAAGAGAACUCUGUUCUUGGGAAGAAACAUCUCUGAAUAAGUCACAAGGUUAUAAUUUCAUGGAAAGAGAGAGUGUUAAUGAUAAUUAUGAGAACCCAGCUCUAACACAUGACCAUUUAUUUUUUGCAAGACUUCUUGGAGAACAAAAUAUGAAGAAGAACCAGAGGCAAGUGGAAAAUUCUGGAUCUAAGUCUAUGUUUAGAAGGUCAAAUAUAUCAGAAGGAAAUGCAACUGACACACUGAUGGAAGUUACAUCCACCAGAAUUCAGACAAGAAGAAGACAGAGAAGUCUAGAUAAUUGGAGAGAAAGACGAUGGAUGGAAAGAGAACUUAUGGAAUAUAACCAGAGGCAAAGGGAAUAUCCACAGUCUGAAUCAAUUUUGGCACAAGCAGGUGAAUCAAAAGAAGAUGAACCUGAAAUAGUGAGGGUAUAUAAUAGACCUCAGAAAAGAACGAGGAGGAACCCCAGACUUCCACAAGUCAACGAUUGGAAUAGAUGUGGAGCAAAGACUUCAGAUGUUUUUCUUAGUGGUGAAUCUGAAAGAGGUCAAUAUACCUUCUUUCAACCAUCUGAAAAAAGGACACAAAGGGAGAUAGUGGAGUGUGGGUUUUGGAAAACAGAAUAUAAGAGUAACACAAACAAUAUCAGUGGAAGGAUGAGAUCUACUUUUAAUAAUAAGAACUUAAAUCCACAAAAUGACCAUGCAUUACUUCCAGGACUUGGAUGUCACGACACGAGUAGAAACAGCCAGAAGCAAAGAGACCAUCAACAACCUAAGUCUACUUUAACACCAGGAGAAGGUAUAACUGAAAUUUUAAUGGACAGCAUAUUGAAUCGAGAUAGAGAAUGUACCAAAAGUGAGAGUCCAGAUGCUGUGAUAGUUGGAGACAUGACUAAAAGUAGGCUACCUCAACCUACUCAGCUUGCAGCUUUAUUGGGAGCUCAUUAUAGUGAAUCAGAUGAAUCUUCUUCCGAUCUUGAAUUUGAUGAGCCUUGUCUGUUGUGUCAACUUCAGUCACGUUUUCCAUUGUGCAGUGAGUUUGAAAUAAUUAGGACACCAAAAAGUUCUUUGUCAUCUUCAACAAGAGAACAAAUAGAGAACACUGCUCAUGGUGGUCAGUCUACAUCUGUAACAUCAACUGAAAAAGAACACACAAAUAUUUCUUCACAUUCUGGUCAGACAGAUAUGCAGAAUUCCAAAAUAUUUUCUGUUGCUCAAACUUCAAAUACUGGUUUAGAUUCUACAGUAACUACAGCUCCCUAUGGAACAUCAGGGCAAAUCAUGACAGAAAUUUUUGAAGGAGAACGUGGUAAUUGCAUUGAUAAUAAUUUAGAAGCUUGUGACUCAUUUUCAAGUGAAAAUAGUAGAAGAGUUCAUUCUGGUGACAGUAAUUCUAGUACAACUUGCCCAUUGGUUUCCUUGUCAAGACCAAGUCAACAGUUUUUGCCUACACGCAUGAUAGAAGAAAGCAGCAUUUUCAGCAAUACAAAUUUACCAGCUGCAUUCCAAAGUAAUGAAUGCAGUAAUGAACCAGUUUUAUCCUCUAACUCACUCUUUGGGACCAGACAAGAAACACAAUUUGCUAACGAAGAAGGAUCUGAAGAUAGUGAUUCUUGGGAAACUUUGCCUGAUUUUAUCAACUAUGAUGACAUUCCUAAUAACCAUACUGAAGGACUUACCAAAGAACAGAUUGGAACAUUCCCAGUAAGAGCUUUUAGUGAAAAUGAUAAAUUAUGUGCCUGCAAUAUUUGUCUUACAGAAUACACAGAAAGUAGUAAGAUUCUAAUGCUACCUUGCUUUCAUGAAUAUCAUGAUGAAUGUAUUCAUCCAUGGCUAUCUGAAAACUCUACCUGUCCUACUUGUCGCAGACAAAUAAUAAAUACUGUUGACACAUAAAUUCUAUUCUGAGUACUUGUCCUCAGAUAAAUAAAUGGUUAAA